GCUAAAAUUAAUGAUGCAUUAAUUAAAAAUGAUGCAAUGUGUCUAAAUCAAGAUAUAGAUGUACAUUCAAAUUCAUUUGAAAUAAUGUCAUCGGUACUAUCUUUUUCCAUUAAAUCUAAUGAUUUUAUGUCGAAACAACUCGUUGACGAAGAUUUAAAUCAGCCUAAAAUUAAUGAUGCAUUAAUUAAUGAUGAAAUGUAUCUAAAUCAAGAUAUAAAUGCGCGUUCAAAUUCAUCUGAACCUAAUGCGAUAAAUAAAAGUCUUCCAAUGCAGGAUGACAACAUACUUAAGGAUAAGAGAAAGCAAGCGCUUAA